GCCGCCGCUUGUGUGUGGCGUUGUGUGGGUGUGUGCGCAGUUCACGGAGUUCUGUUAAACGGAUUAUAAAAGAGUUAGCUGGAGUUUAAUAAAAAAAUCAUGCCUGCUUGUGGUUCAGCCAUUGCUUCGGCCAGGCUGACCAUCUGUAUUUACUGAGCUGAGGGAUGAAGAGCAGAAAACAGAGGUCCGUCAAAGCAGGAAGCAGUAAAAGAAAAGCCCCCAGCGACGUGUCCCCAUCCACCAGCCUCCCUCCUCUGGUCGAGGGCCAACUAAGAUGCUUCCUGCGGGUGACAAUAAGCCGGGUAUUAUGGACAGUUCACAAGCCUCCGUCUGCAACAUUCAUCAGGCUGCGGUGGUGGGGAGAGUCAUCCAAUGGGACACACUUCUUUCCGAGAGAUGGAUCUCAGGCAUCACAGAUGACCCUCAAGACCACAGCUCGCUUCCCCAUCCGCUGUGGGCCAAAGCAAUUCACCUCAUAUCUUACAGAUAUGGGCUCUCUGGUAGUGGAAGUCCUGACAAAACCGGAUCAUUUGCCGAUCGCACGGGCUCAGGUUGCCGGCAUCUCACGUCUCUCUCUGUCACACCCCAUCAGUGGAUUUUACACCCUUGUAUCUCCUACAUCUGAGAAGCUGGGAGAGUUACAGGUUUCCCUUAAUUUGGAGCCUCUCACAGAAGCCUAUGACAGCAGCAGCUCAGGCCCCAUCACCGAUAUCAGCAUUGAAGGACCACAGGUCACCACACUGACUGUGCCCUCGCAGCAAAGAUCUCUCUCAGCUGGCAGCGGGAAAGAAUCAGCUGGGAGCAGCAGUGGAAACACACCAAGGGGGAAAGACCACUUGUAUUUCCAAUAUGCCCAGAAAGACAAAGGCAAAGAAGAGUCACUGGAGAAUCAGAUGCCAAGAACAAACAUAUCUCAGAACAGUCAAACACCUGUGAACCAUUCAAGCCGGGAGCCAUGUGGCCAAGCAACCAAUGAUAUCCUCUCAGUUAUUCUAGAGCGUGGAAAUAAGCUAAGAAAUGCUAUGGUGGUUUCAGCUUUGAAAUGUGACAUGGAUUCUGCCCCAGCUCUGAAAGACACCCCUCUGCCUCUUCCAAAGGAUAACAUCCUCCCACCGUCCAAGUUCCCUUCUCCAUCUGGGAUAUUUCUUCAAAAUAUUCUUCAUGCUGAUUCAACUCUGAAGCACUCUGAGGAUGUUGCAGUGGUCUCAGACUGCAGCUUAGACUGUCCUGCUGACAUAGAUAACAGAGCUGUGGAUCUGCUCCUUGGCAGCUUAAACACAUCUCCUUUGCCUCUCUGGGAUGGAGAGGGUUCCUACCCUGAAUCUCUGUCUGGCCAUAGCAGUGUGUGUGGCGAUAGUGAACUCAGUGAUCCACAAUAUGAUCAGAGCCUACUGGAAAAUUUGUUCUACAAACCUCCUAUGUCCGAUAUCAGACCAAGUGAUACUGAGGCAGAGGGUCAAGGAACAGUGUCCUCAUGUAAAGAUCAGCCUAAACAGCUGACACAGUCUGGACCUAAGACUAGUGGAGGCAUGAUAAGACAGAACACGGGUCGAUCCACUCGAUCCAUCUAUCUGGGUCUGGCGUGUCUGUCCCUCGCUCUCCACCUCCUUCUGGCAUUUUUUUGUCUCUCUGUCCUCCAGACAGCCUGUGUCCUUCCCACCUCGUCUUCCUCCUCAGUUCCAAGAACAGAUACUCAGCACCAUCAGUCUAUCUCCCACUCCUCCUCUUCCUCUGCUGUCUCUUCACAUAAACUGCCAACGAUCUCCCAGAAUGAAGAGCAUCACAAACUGAAUGCCACAACGUUUCACCCUAAGGAGAAAGACCCAUUCAGUGGUGCCACUGAGAGGGGAAAGAAACUGAUUGGAGCUGGAAAAACGAUUCAAAAGGUCAAGGGUCGUUCUAAGCUGGAGGCGCUGUUUGAGCACCCGCUGUACAACCUGCCACGCCCAGAGCUGCAAGAAGAUGAUUGGCUGCUGAGGUUGAAGACAAAUGAACAUGCAAGGGAGGCAGGAAGUGAAGAGGAGGAGGAAGAGGAGGAGGAGGAAGAGGAGAGGGAAGACGCCAUCAGUAAUGACAGUGAGUGGCAGAGUGCCAGUCGGGAGGAACGCUACGACAAAGUCACUUGGACGAGCGACGUGGAUACCCACCCUCUGUGGCUGCGGUUCCACCUGGGCAUUUCUCGGCAGGAGCUGUAUGACAGGAAGGAUCCCAACCUGGCCCAGCUGACUCAUUAUUUGGCAACGCAACGUAUCGUCAGUGCUGUUCAGAAGACAGGAGGAACCCAGCUCAAACUGGUCAUGUCGUUCCCCAACUACGGACAAGCUCUGCUGAAACCCAUGAAACAAUCCAGAGAUGCAGAGACGGACGUAAACCUCUUCUACUUCUCAGACUUUGAAAGACACAACGCAGAGAUCGCUGCCUUCCACCUUGACAGAUUGUUGGGCUUUAACAGGGUCCCUCCGGUGGUCGGUCGACUCAUCAAUGUCACCGCAGAGAUCAGAGAGAUCACCACUGACCACAGGCUGUCUAGGACCUUCUUCACGUCCCCUGUGGGGAAUGUGUGUUUCUAUGGCCAGUGUGAGUACUACUGUUCAACUGAGCACCCAGUGUGCGGUCAGCCACAUGUACUGGAGGUUUCCCUGGCUGCCAUGCUACCUGACCUCACCCUCGCUCCCCGCAGGUCCUGGAGGUCUCCGUGGAGACGCUCCUACAGUCGCAUCAAGCUCGCACAGUGGGAGAAGGACCCGGCGUACUGUGACACAGUGAAACGGACGCCUCCUUACAACCACGGCACCAGACUGGUGGAUCUCAUAGACAUGGCUGUGCUGGACUUCCUCAUGAGCAACAUGGACAGACAUCACUAUGAGACGUUUGAGAAAUUUGGCAAUGAGACUUUUCUGCUGCAUCUGGAUCACGGACGGGCGUUUGGGCGUCACUCUCGAGAUGAGCCGUCUAUUCUAACUCCUUUGCAACAGUGUUGCAGGAUCCGUCGCUCCACCCUCCUCCGCUUGCGCCUCUUAUCUCUCCCUGGCUUCCGUCUGAGUGAUGUCAUGCGUGAGUCAUUGGUCCAGGAUCCUCUGGUAGGGGUGGCCCCCCUUCUCUCUGAACCACACCUCUCUGCUUUGGACCGACGCCUUGCAGCCAUCCUACAGGUGGUGCAGACCUGUCAGCAUCACCACAAAGACGUAAUUUACAACGAUUUGGAGGGAUAUAAUCACGACUACAAUCAACAGCUUGACUGAGGGGGGAAAAUGAUAUAUUAGUCUCGUAUGUCUGUGUUGAAAUAAGGGUUUCAUUAUAGAUUUAGGGUGGUGAAAAUGGAGCCAAAGGUUGACAGCUUUGAACAUCCCCCUGCAAUAUUCAGAACAUUGAAGUACAUGUAAUAUUUUCCAAUGUCAAGAUGCUCAUGAGUGAAUAAAUUGGUUCGUUCAAUACGCUGAAUCCA